CGAAUGUCGAAUGUGUGAUUGUUUGUUGUGUGAUUGAUAAAAUAAAAUAGAAAUGUAUUGCUUGCGUGAAAUUUCGUCCAGCAAAAACUUUAUAGUUUUUGCUUGAAAAUGUACUUCAAAGACUUUAGUGAAAUGAAAUCGUGGCUACAACAUCUUAGUCAGUGAUCAUCACGUUCGUAAAAAUCAACAAGAAUAAACAUGGAGCAAAAACAGGAUAAAUGGGAUGCUCUGGCUACUGUUAAAUCUUUUGAUUUAGGUCCGAUGCCCAAUAGUCACCAUGACUCCAUUCUGCAGCAGAGCAUGCAACAAAUUGAAAUUAUCCACUCCGCAGCAACCACCCCCAUCAGCCUACUAGUCCAGUCUCUCGUCAAACAGCUAUGCUCACUCCUGGAAAAAGAUAACAUUAGGGCCAACCAACUCUACAACACCAUUUGCGAGAAACUACACAGCAUGAACUUGAUUGACGAUUCAUACGCUAUGGGAGAGUUUGAAGCAAUGAGGAGUCAGUACCAAAGAGCUUUGUACCAGCUAGUUCAAGUGGCCACUGGAUCUGAAAUACCUAUAUCGCUUCCUGCAACCUGGCCUAUUAUCCAACCAUCUUGCUUGGAAUGGUCUCGCUACCACCGAGAGUUUGAAGAACUGUACUUCAUUGCUGGAGGCGGAUUUGGCAGCGUUUUCAAAGCUAGGCAUAGACUUGACGGUGUGGAGUAUGCAGUGAAGAAAGUUUACAUCAAGUCCAGCGAUGUCAAUUCAAUAAUGAGUCAUUUGUCUGAAGUCAAAACUAUUGCAAGUUUGAACCAUCCAAAUAUUGUCAAUUAUAAAGCAGCAUGGCUUGAGCCGAUGAUUGAGUCUAAAGUGAAGAAGAAGGGAAAGCUUCAUAAUAUGGAUACAGACAGUGAUGAGUUUACAGCUUCCAACCUUAUUUCUUCUGCUCAACCUAACAUAAUAACCUCUUUCAAAACUCACAACUCUAAAGAACUAUUCAACAGAAACCAGAGCCAUUCCGAUUUCGUAAUUUCAUUUCAACAUUCAGACAGUUUCGAUGAGAUUGAUAACGCUACUGAAGAGUUUUUUGAGUCUGACAGUGAGGAUGAUACCAGUACCCCAGAAGAAAAUGCUUUAGUCAAGAUGUUUGGUAGUAAUGAAUUCAAAAAUUGUUCUAGGGUCAAUUUGAAAUGGGCCACUCUGUACAUUCAAAUGACUUAUUGCCAGCAGACGUUGAAGCAGUGGUUGGACGCUCGCAAUAAUCGCGUCGCCAUGACGAGGAAGAACUCUGAAGAUCUGUCUUUCUACACAGACUCCUAUGACUCACCCCCUUGCUUUGAUUCGAAAUUGUCAGAAAUGAACUACCCAGUAUCUUGGACACACAUUGAUUUGUUAAUCGACAUGUUCACUCAGCUUGUCAGUGGUCUACGUUAUAUACAUUCUCGAGGCAUAAUACACCAUGAUAUCAAGCCGAGUAAUAUAUUUGUAGUACAAAAUGAGGGUGGCAUCAGAGUUCUGCUUGGUGACUUUGGGUUGGCGUGUCCGCUGCAGCAGUCUCACAGUGGCCUGGCACUUGGCACGCAUUUAUACGCUGCUCCAGAGCAGUUGGAAGGACAAUGCAAUCCUAAGAGCGACAUGUACAGCCUUGGAAUCAUCCUACUCGAAAUGGUGGAGCCUUUUAGUACUGACAUGGAGCGUGUGAAGACAAUCACAGACCUCCGCAAAGGACAAAUACCAGCGCACCUCACUGCCAACUAUCCCAAAAUAGCACAUAUCAUCGGCAAGUUAGUCCAGAGGCGACCCAGCAAAAGGCUUGACACCGCUCAACUUCUAGAGGAACUAAAAACCCUAUCGGAGAACAAGGAUGAAACCAUCAAGUCUUUGAAAGAAGAAUUGGCUGCGAAGGACGAUGAAAUAGCAAAACUAAAGAUGAUGCUGGCAAAAUUAGACUACAAGUCCUGAAGUGUACUUACGGUGUGUGUGUUUGUGAGUGAUUUUACAAUGAUGUAUUACAAUUUUAUUCUACUUACACGCGAUAUUAAUUUUGGGGGGUUCGUACCACUAUUUAUUGUUUGUGAUUCAUAACAUUGAAAUUUAAUAUAGGUAUUUAAGUA